AUGCACUCGGAGCGCCACACUGCGCGCUUGAAACGCCGCGCCGAGCGCCUCCUCCCGUCGCCCCACACACGCAGCAGCUCCUCCGCGAACAGCCGCAUCGACAGCAGAAGCAGUAGCAGCAGCGGCCGACAGCGACCGCCUCUGUCCGCGUCAACGGCCACUGAAGUCGGUGCGCCCGCGUCCUCGUCGCCUGCUGCCGUGAGCGCGCGUCGCCAGUCGAGCGCCAGGAGCCCCCGAGACACGAACGCGCUCGUGGAAAAGCUGCUGAGCAAAGUGCACAGCGGGUCGCCGUCUGCUGUUGUUGCACGUCGCACGGCCGUCCGACUCCAAGAGGCCGUGUCGAGUACGCCACAGACUGACGUCUUUACGGUGCUGGAGAAGAUCAAGCGGAAGAUUGCAGCAGACUCGCAGCCUGCCAGUGGCGUCUUUCUAUCGGAGACGGUGACGCAGCUCCACGAGGUCUUUUCUCGUUUCGUCAAGCUCAAGAACCUGGACAAGAAGACCGAGGCACUGCUAUUGCUGUAUGGUUUGAUGCACUCUGUUGCAUUGCCAACAUACAAUGAAGACGUUCGCCGCCAUCCAGACGUUGCGGCAAAUAACGUGGACAAUUCUGCUGAACGUGGAUCCAUAAUGCCUCGUCUGGAAAAGUCCGAUACGUACGAGAACGGCGAUUCCAGAGACCACAAUCCGGUACAGUCGAUGCCAACGGCGUCUCUGAGCUUCGAGGGUCCAGCUGGUGCGCGUGCUUUUCCCUCGUUGAUGGGGCAAUCAAAGGCGGAUCUGGACUCUCUGGAGGACUCGUUCAAGUUCGCAGUCGGAAUUGCCCCGGUCCACAAAACACACAAAAGAAAAGCGGGCAACGCUCGUACUUCGGCUGACGCGCGGUCAGGAGUAGUUCUUCCAAGUGCUAUAAGUGCUUCUGCCAACAAAGCCGGGCACAUGUCGUUUGACGUUCCCGAGGCGGUUCUUUUGCGCGACGUCUUGUACGCCUUGCAAGCAAUCGAGUCGCGCUACUUGUACUUUGACGACACACUGGAUCGCUUUCAGAUUACGAGAAGCGUUGGCGUCCCGACGCCUAUGCGCGAGCUGAUCUAUAUGUUGUGUGACUUGGGCUGGCUGUACCGCAAAAUUUCGGCUUACAUCAAGCAGCAUCGUGAAAUGCUGGCGUUCGGCUUGGUCGGGCAAAGCUUUUGUCAUAUGCUCCACACCGAACUAGUCGUUUACUUCCGUCUAAUUGCGAUCCUGGCGGCUCAAAUCGACGAUGACGCAGAAGCAAGGCAGCCGAAUGAACGGCCAGCUAGUAGUCUUACCUUGCGAACGCUGAUCGUAUGGACUCAGGAUGCACUGGACAAGAUGCGGUUAAUGGCUCGUCUGAUCGACAGUGCAGAAGGUCUUCGUGGUGGUGCACUUGCGUCCGGCGUUCACUCGCAUGUGUUGCACGGUGAUCCAGACGUGUCAACGUUCGUCCAGGCAGUGCUAAAACAGACUGCUGCUCCGAUAGUGCAAAUGAUAAAGCGCUGGGUCUUUGAAGGAGAGUUGGAAGAUGUGCAUGGUGAGUUUUUUGUAGUGGCAGACUCGACUGUGAGUGACGAUCAGUUCUGGGCUAAGAAAUACACGCUGGACUUGAAGAUGCUGCCGACGUUUAUCCCCAUCGAACUUGCAAAAAAGAUCCUGGUCAUUGGAAAGAGUAUCAACUUCAUCCGUCAGUGCUGUGGAAAUGCAAAUUGGGUCACGACUGCAGCACAAGAGAUCACUGUGAUUGGAAUGGGGACCGAAGAUGGGACAGAUUUUGCAGAGUUGAAGCGUUUCGAAACGAUGAUUGAGAAUGUGUCAAACUCUACAAGCAAGUUCCUGAUUCGCACGCUGAUGGAGGAUUACCGACUUCUAAACCAUUGUCAAGCACUAAAACGGUACUUGUUACUAGGACAGGGCGACUUUGUUCAAUACCUGAUGGACCUCCUAGGACCUGAGCUGUCCAAACGAGGCUCACAAGUGUAUCGCCACACGCUAACGAAUGUGCUGGAGACAGCACUGAACGCGUCCAACGCGAAGUUCGAGUCAGCAGACAUCUUAGGACGUCUAGAUGUUGAGCUAUUGCAAGGAUCUUCGGCGGAUACUGGAUGGGACAUAUUCUGCUUGCACUACAACUUGCAAACACCAGUCAACAGUGUCAUUCCAGCGUCAUCGAUGCUCCAGUAUCAGCAAAUCUUUGACUUUCUGUGGCGAAUGAAGCGCGUCGAGCACUCGCUGUCUGCGUCGUGGACGAAGGAUAUGAACCUUGGACACGAGGUUCAGGGAUGUGUGCCAGGAAUUAGACCAGUCUUGCACCGAAGUCAGCUCGUACGGUCUCAGAUGAUUCACUUUAUCACCAACCUUCUCAACUACGUCAUGUUUGAGGUUCUGGAGACAGCAUGGCAUCAACUAGUGAAGGACCUACACGCUGCAAAAGACUUAGACGAACUCAUUGAAAGUCACGCGGCAUACAUCCGCUUCAUCAAAAGAAACGGUUUCAUGAUGAAGGAGUCAAGAGAACUGCUGAAACAGCUGAAGCUCAUCUUUGCAACGAUCGUCAGAUUUUGCAAGGCGCAGGAAAAUUUAUAUACGACUGCCAUGCACGAAAAGCACGUGGAAGAGAGGCGUGAGCAGUUGUAUCGGCGCCAGGAACUAGACUCUUCGUGGGCGACACAAGAGGAAAAGGAGCACAGCAAGCAAAGCGGCAGAGACGCAUUUGGUACCGACUCAAAGCUCUUGCGUCAAAUUGAAGAAGUUGCGGAUGAGUUCAGCAACCAGUUUCUUGGACUUCGUGACAUCGUGAAGCAGAACUCUACGCGUGGGUUACAGAGCCUGUCGUUCCUGAUGUCCCGCUUUGAUUUCAACGAGUUCUACCUCAAGAAGACGGUUCUCCAGUAG